AUGAUCGAACAAGCAAAACAAUUUGAAUGGAUACUUUCCAGUCUUGCCAAUUAUGUUUUUAAAGUUUCCAUUAAAUCAAUAAAUAUGUUUCGAGAUAUCAACGGAAGUUAUAUAGCAUUCAAUAAUGAAAAGGCACUUUUUUUCAAUCUUCGUUAUUUCGAACAAGUUUUUGCUGUUGAUCUUAAUGCUUACCUUCAAGCUUUCAACUCUUCGAACGCUAUUGUAUCUGAAAUUGUCAAUUUCUAUUUCGUAGUUACAUGUCAUGAACUAGCACACAAUAUCUAUAGACAACAUGACUUAUGGUUUAUUAAUACUCUACAAGAACUUAUCGUCAAAUUUAUGACUCAAAAGGAAUUGUUUCUUAAACAAUUCUCGUUUGACAACUAUCCGCUAUAGAUGACUACGAGAUAUUUCUAUAUAAAUAUAUUUUAUUUGAAAUAAUCAUUACACAGAACUCGAUUGAGGAUGUGGAUGUAGGGUUUGGGUGAGUGUAGGUGAGUUUCUGUGGACGAGAGUGUAGGUGCUGGUCUUUCCCUCAUUCUACUGGCACCCACACCCAUCCUCAAGUCACUAACCUCAAGAUAAUACACCAACUUCACUCAAAUUUCUCAACUUUAUAACAUCUAGUUACAUCGGAGAAGUCAUUACUCUUGCAGUAAUACACGAAAUUGACUGAUAUUUGGCAAAUUUUGGUAUAUAUUUAUAGCUUAGGAUAUCGAGUUGGAUAUCCCUGACAGUAUCGUAUCGUAUAUGAAUAUGAAUAUUUCUUCGUUGAAUACCUGGGAAUUAGUUUAGAAGAAAAUGCAGAUACUGGGUGUAAUGGGAUUAUGACAUCACGCGCAUUUUGCGUCUGUGUCUGCCAGUAGCAAAAGAAAAAAGUAUCCGCAGAUUAACACACAACAAAACUCUAAUUACAUAAUCAAUGUCAAACAGUUGUACUCUAAAAGUACUCUGAUAAGAACAUUCAUUGUCAUUUUGAUGUAUCCACCAUCUUCUCUUGUAUUUUUUUUUGACAGACUAUAUUGGUAUUUGUAUUAACAGACGAAGUCUGAAUGAAUGUUUAAUCUUGAGUGUUUUUGAGCCAUCUUUUCAGGGUGUGGGUGGGUGUGUGGGUGUGGGUGGGUGUGUGGGUGUGUGGGUGUGGGUGUGGGUGCCAGUAGAAUGAGGGAAAGACCAGCACCU